AGAAAAUUAGAGAGAUCAUCUUAAGCUGUCUCUGAAAUACCAUUGAUAAUUCAUACUUCAUCCUUAAUUCCUAUGCUUCCUCAGGCCACGCGAGCAUGAAAUACUGUCACCUACCCACUUUUAACUUGCUGUGACAUUUGUCCAAGUGUUAUUUGUCUGCUGCAUGCCUAGACCACCAAAGCGUUCUCUCUCUGCCUGGACAGUGUCCCUGGAGAAGGCUCAACGACAUGUCCAGGGCACAGAUCCUGGCUCUGGCUUUUGGCGUCGCUGGGUUCGGAGCUCUCGUCGCCGCCACUGUGUCAAACGAGUGGAAAGUAACCACCCGAGCAUCCUCCGUGAUAACCGCCACUUGGGUUUACCAGGGUCUGUGGAUGAACUGCGCAGGUAACGCGUUGGGUACUUUCCAUUGCCGACCGCACUUUACUAUCUUCAAAGUAGAAGGUUAUAUCCAGGCAUGUAGAGGACUUAUGAUUGCUGCUGUCAGCCUGGGCUUUUUUGGUUCCAUAUUUGCACUGUUUGGAAUGAAGUGUACCAAAGUCGGAGGCUCAGAUAAAGCCAAAGCUAAAAUUGCUUGUUUGGCUGGAAUUGUAUUCAUACUGUCAGGGCUGUGCUCAAUGACGGGCUGUUCCCUGUAUGCAAACAAAAUCACAACAGAAUUCUUUGAUCCUCUCUUUGUUGAGCAAAAGUAUGAAUUAGGAGCUGCUCUGUUCAUUGGAUGGGCUGGAGCAUCACUCUGCAUAAUUGGUGGUGUCAUAUUUUGCUUCUCAAUAUCCGACAACAACAAAACACCCAGAAUGGGAUAUGCAUACAAUGGGACCACAUCUGUCAUGUCUUCUCGGACAAAGUAUCAUGGCAGAGAAGAUUUUAAAACCACAAACCCUCCAAAACAGUUUGAUAAAAAUGCUUAUGUCUAAAAGCGCACUGCUACAAGCUAUAUCUUGAGUUUGUUGUUAAAAGUGAACUGUUCACAAAAUGAUUCCAUCAAGGUCCUCCUAUAAUUAACACUGAAACUAUUUUUAAAAUAUGAAUUUGAAGAAUUUGUUGAUCAUAUGGAUGUAAAUGUUCUUACAUAGUUAUAUACUAAUCACCUUCUGUUGUGGCUUUCUAUAAAAAAUAAACGGGUUAUUUACAGGAUUUGUAUAUAUUUUACACAUUUAUAGAACAUGUAAAGUAUUGAGUACCAAAGGUGUAAGAAAUAUUCAUAAUAUAACCUUCUUAUUCGUUCA